AUGCUUUGGAAUAGCCAGGUAUGCCAGAACGGCAGGGCAAGUCCUUGGGGGUUCAUCAGGCUUAUAUGUUCGGUUUCGUUGUUCUCAGUGCUUGUAAGAGAAGGUGCGGCGCUGUAUAUCCAGCCGCAAAAGGCAAGGUUAAAUGGAGGCAAUACACACAACAUUGACAUUGGGCCUCUUAACCGCAGUGCUACGCUGACACCUGCCGCGUACUAUCGCAAAGUCGGAGUGAACGGGGCCAUAUCCAGCGAUCUCGAGUUGUGCAAUCGGAUGACUGUGCAUGAUAUCUUGCUAGGUAUUCCUGGCGCAAACGCCGCUGACGCCGCCGUUACGAUGAGUCUCUGCAUCGGCAUGAUUAACUUUUUCAAUAGCGGCAUUGGCGGCGGCGGGUUUGCAGUGUACACGGACGGACAGGACCCUGAGCGGCAUCUCGCCUUUGACUUCCGGGAGAUGGCUCCCGAGUUGGCACACAAAGAAAUGUACGCCAGCGAUCCGAAUGCCUCCAAGAUCGGCGGGCUUGCGAUUGCGAUACCCGGCGAGCUUGCAGGACUAUAUGAGAUGUAUGAGAAGCGCGGCAGCGGCGUCGCGCGGUGGGAGGAGCUCUUGCGGCCCGUCAUCGAGCUCGGAUUCCAGGGCUGGGCCGUCGGCCCUGCGUUGGCUGCGAGCUUACAGGAAUAUGAGGCGUACUUCAAGGCCCACUUGGACGACUGGAGCUUCGUCUACAACCACAAGGAGGGGCGCGUGCUUCGCGCAGGCGAGUGGAUCUCACGGCCGGAGUUGGCCAAGACACUCCAGAACUUGGCGGCAAGCGGCGGCGUCAAGCCUUUCUACGACGCCGAGUCCGACUUGGUCAAAACCAUGGUGAACAAGAUCCAGAGCGCAGGCGGCGUGCUCUCCGAGAGCGACUUCGAGAACUACGAGGUCGACGUCACGCGGCCGCUGUCGCUCAAGAUCCGCUCCAGCUGGGAAUACCUACCCAACAAUGACUUGACGGUCCUCACCACCAGCGGAUCCAGCUCUGGCGCUGCGCUUCUCUCCGCAUUGAAGAUUCUCGACCAGUUCCCCAACAAGGAGGAUGGGGAUUUCCAGCCCGAGCAGGCGUAUCAGCUCAUCGAGGCUAUGAAGUGGAUGGCGAGCGCGCGCAGCCGGUUGGGCGACUUUGGCGGCGGCGAGGAGCUCGCGCCGCAGGUGCGCGACGUCUUGGGCGACGCCUGGACCGACUACGCAGUCAACCUGAUCAAGGCCGGCUACAUCGACGGCCACUUCGGCACGCUUGUCGACUGGCACGACUACUUGCCGGAGUACGAGCUCAACGACCCCCACGGCACCGCGCACAUCUCCAUCGUCGACCACUUCAACAACGCGGUCUCCCUCACCACCACCGUCAACUUGUUGUUCGGCUCCUUGGUCCACGACCCUUCCACCGGCAUCGUCUUCAACAACGAGAUGGACGACUUCAGCCAGCCCGGUCGCCCCAACGCCUUCGGCCUCCAGCCGUCGCGUUACAACUUCCCGGAGCCCUUCAAGCGUCCCUUGUCCUCCACCUGCCCCACCGUGGUUCUCAAUGACGUCGGCCUCCCGGAUUUAGUCGUCGGCGCCGCAGGCGGCUCGCGUAUCCUGACCUCCGUUCUCCAGCUCAUCGUGCGCACCUACUGGUACAACAUGCCGCUACUCGAGGCCGUCGCCUACCCCCGCAUCCACCACCAGUUGCUUCCCGAAGUCCUGGAGGUCGAGAGCCUCGCCUUGCUCGGCCCUGACACCGUCGACGCCAUCCGUCGCAUGGGCCACAGCAUCGUCGAAGUGACGCCCAAGAGCGUUGUCAACGCUAUCCGCCAUUGGCACGGCACUUGGCAUGCCGUCAGCGACUACUGGCGGAAAAGGGGCAUCUCGGUUGCCUACUGA